GGGAAGAAGCCGUUGCCGAAGCACCGCCCUUUCCUUUUCGCUGCUGUGCUGCCAUCACGAGCGCACGUCCCAGGCCUGUCUCUCGUGCCGCCGCCGCCAACCAAGAUGCGUUACGUCGCAGCUUACCUUCUAGCAGUCCUCGGUGGCAACGAGUCUCCCACGUCAAAGGACUUGAAAAAGAUCCUCGAUAGCGUCGGCAUUGAGACAGACGAUGAACGUAUGAACAAGGUUAUUAGUGAGCUGAAUGGAAAAAAUAUCGAGGAUGUCAUUGCUCAGGGUAAUGGAAAACUUGCCAGCAUGCCGGCUGGGGGAGCUGUGGCAGUGUCUGCUGGAGGGGGCUCUGCUGCUCCUGCUGCAGCUGCUGCCCCUGCUGCCGCUGAGGAGAAGAAAGAAGAGAAGAAGGAGGAAUCUGAAGAAUCUGAUGAUGACAUGGGAUUCGGCCUAUUUGAUUAAUUAUUUGUUAUAGAGAAAAUAUUAAAAUUCUUUGUUAAAAA